ACGUGGCAACGCCGCGAUGCGCCAUCUUUGUAGACAACAAAAAUUUAACCGUUGCUACAUUUUAGUAGUAGUUUUCUAGUUGUUUUCGCUUCCCUAUGUGAUUUUCGGGAAAUGUUUUAAUCAAAAUGUUUGUAUAAAUGAAGUGCUUUUAAAAGGCUGGGAGUUUUCCGCGGCAAGACGUGUGUUUUAACAUCUGCUUGAAUACCAAGUUAUCAACUUAGUGCAAAUCACAAGUGAUACUGUAUCCUGCUUCUCAACUUAGCAGCACAACAACGGAACACAAAUGUUAGAAUCCAGUUACGAUCGACGCCUCCGGCGGACAAUGGAACUAACAGCCGGUCCUUCAACAGUUACAACGACCUCAGCACUUAUCUCACCAACGAAGAACCGACCUAAUUCAACUCGCAAUAUCGGUGAUCGUCUAGUACCUACUCGGGCGGGAAAUAAUUGGCAGGUUGCCUUCCAUAUGAAAGAAGAACUGAGCCCCACGUCAUCAAGUAUUCGAAAUCGAGAAGGGCCGCCAGUUGCAAGUGACGCCGCAGGCCGCGAUCGUAGUUUGUUUCGUUCAAUUUUAGAGAACGAAGUGUUGAAUAGUGGUAUUGAGGAUCCCCGAGAUUUACAAAACAAAAAGCGACGAGUGUUUCACUACGAUAGUCCGUUAAAACCGGAGAAUCGAGUCAGUCAACCUUAUUCCCUUUCGCCGUUGAGUCCUGCAAGCCAAAAACUGCUACAAUCACCGCGAAAAGCAGCAAGAAAAAUUGCCAAAGUGCCUUUUAAAGUCCUCGAUGCUCCUGAACUACAAGAUGAUUUCUACUUAAAUCUAGUAGAUUGGUCUUCGCAGAACGUGCUUAGUGUUGGAUUAGGCGCAUGCGUAUAUCUCUGGGCAGCUGCAACAAGCCAAGUUACUCGGCUGUGCGAUUUGGCACCGGAAGGGGAUAGUGUGACUUCAGUGGCCUGGGCGGAGCGAGGCCACUUGGUAUCGGUGGGAACGCAUCGCGGCACGGUCCAAGUUUGGGAUGUAACGGCCGGUAAGCGGAUUCACACGCUAGAGGGGCAUACGGCGCGCGUAGGCGCACUAGCGUGGAACGGAGAUCUUCUCGCCUCUGGUAGUCGAGAUCGCCUUAUUUUGCAGAGAGACAUUCGCACUCCGCCAUCGAUCGCGCAACGCAGGCUCUCUGGGCAUCGGCAAGAAGUCUGCGGCCUCAAGUGGUCACCCGACAACCAACUCUUAGCUUCCGGUGGAAACGACAACAGGCUAUUUGUUUGGGGCCUUCACUCUGUUGCGCCAUUGCAGACUUUUACCGAGCAUUUGGCUGCCGUAAAAGCUAUCGCUUGGUCGCCGCAUCAUCAUGGAGUUUUAGCCAGUGGUGGAGGUACCGCUGAUCGGUGCAUCCGUUUUUGGAACACGCUUACCGGGCAGCCUAUGCAAUAUGUCGAUACGGGAUCCCAAGUGUGCAAUUUAGCUUGGUCUAAGCAUUCGUCCGAGCUGGUGAGUACCCAUGGCUACUCGCAAAAUCAGAUCCUUAUCUGGAAGUAUCCGAGCCUGGCUCAGGUGGCGCAACUUACGGGUCAUUCCUAUCGUGUUCUGUACCUGGCAAUGUCGCCCGAUGGAGAGUCCAUAGUAACGGGAGCAGGCGACGAGACGUUAAGGUUCUGGAGCGUUUUCAACAAAACCCGAUCGCAAAAGGAAACACGAUCGGUACUGAAUCUGUUCACUAGUCUAAGGUAAGUUCGGUCUAACGUAAUAACACGUUAAAUCGAAUCGAGUAUACACCUAUUCCCGAUGCUUUAAUCCGCAACUUGUAAAUUCUACGAGAAUCUCUGGUUUUUUUCCUGGUCUGUAGUUAAGACAGAUGGCUCUUUGUUACUUUCAUUUUCCCUCUUAAAUUUUUUUUUCUCCUUCAUAAAUUAUUGUGUGUGUGUGUUUGUGUGCGUGUCUGUCCUUGUGAAACCAAACCUUUCCAGAAAUUGAGGGAAAUUAAUGAAGACAUUUUAUGUUUUGUAGGAGGGCCCUAACUCCUACAUCCCUAAACCUCCCCCCCCCCUUUCCCCCAGUGGUUUCCUUCAAUUUGAUUUUUUACAUAAUUAUUGUCCUUGAUAGGUUGGGUACAGCCGUCCUUUUUCCUUAUAUCCACUUAAGCUUCUCGUUUCUUUUGUUCAAAAUCCUUUUGUCCUAGACAUUUAUAUGAAAAUUUAUUCAAUAGGUAAACAAAACAGCUGGGGCAUGUCAGGUGUUGCUCUGCGUUGUUUUGCCGGUAUUUUUCUGGCUUUUGGGUCACAAAUUAAGGAAAUUAACAGAAAUAUAUAUGGAAAUUCUUUAAUUUUUCUUUGUAAUCUUAAAUUUUGAUGGGGACUUUGCAACGGGUCAACACAGUAAAUUUAGAGCAUAAUUGGUA